UCAGCAAAGAUCUGACAUUGAAUUUUUAAUUCAAAUGAUCCAACGUUACGUGGAUUCGAUUGAUUUAAAGAAAAAUAAAAAGAUUGUCGGAACAGCAAAAAUAAGGCUCAUGUUGUUGUGGAAAGUCAAUGACUUUUGCUCACUGUUCGUGAAAGGAGGAUGAUCAUGAUAGGUUCCGAGAGGAGAGAGAGAGAGAGAUUACAAACGGACACUCAGAUUUCUAUGUUCUUGUUGCUUGCGAUUAUUGGAUUUUAGUGCUCUGUGUUGGCAAUUGUCAAGUGAGGAUCUGAUGUCAAAGGGGUUAGCUUUGCUUUGAUUUCUCUUCCUUUUAACUUUCUCUUCGACAGGGUUUGGUUGAAGGGGUGGGAGAGGGAGCGAGAGAAGCUCAUUUACGAGUUUCAGAAGCGAAUCAUCACGCCAUUAGAUUCUGAGGAAACAGGGUUUGAACUCGUACGAUUGGGGAAUUCAUUCAUGCAUCUCUCGCUUUGGAAGCCCAUUUCCCACUGUGCAGCUCUGGUGCUGGACAAGAAGAGCAGCAGGAAACGAGAUGGGUCCGAGUCAACGGCCGUGACGCAGCGAAAACUCCAUGAAACCAGACUCCGAGAGGCUCUAGAAGAAGCAUCGGAAGAUGGGUUGCUCGUCAAAUCCCAAGACAUCGAAGAUGACGAGCCACAUGACCAGAGCCUCGGGCGGUCCAGAUCACUCGCACGGCUCAACGCUCAACACGAGUUCUUGCGAGCCACGGCCCUCGCGGCUCAGAGAACCUUCGAGUCGGAAGAAGCAUUGCCCGCCAUUGAAGGAGCCUUCAGCACGUUCCUUACGAUGUACCCAAAGUAUCGAUCUUCUGAAAAGAUCGAUCGGUUGAGGGAAGAUGAGUAUUGCCACUUACUAUCGCUGCCAAAGGUAUGCCUUGACUAUUGUGGAUUCGGAUUGUUCUCGUACGUUCAGACAGUUCGUUAUUGGGAUUCUUGCACGUUUAGUUUGUCGGAGAUAACUGCGAAUCUGAGCAAUCAUGCCCUUUACGGUGGUGCUGAGCCUGGAACUGUGGAACAUGACAUAAAGACUAGGAUAAUGGAUUACUUGAACAUUCCUGAGAGUGAGUACGGUCUCGUGUUUACGGUUAGCCGUGGUUCUGCAUUCAAGUUGCUAGCUGAGUCAUAUCCGUUCCACACGAACAAGAAGCUUCUGACAAUGUUUGAUCACGAGAGCCAAUCGGUGAGUUGGAUGGCUCAGAGUGCCCGGGAGAAAGGUGCCAAGGUUUCUAGCGCUUGGUUCAAGUGGCCAACCCUUCGGCUCUGUUCCAUGGAUCUGAAGAAGCAAAUCUUGAGUAAGAAGAAGAGGAAGAAGGAUUCUGCAACCGGUUUGUUUGUGUUUCCUGUUCAAUCUCGGGUCACGGGUUCUAAGUACUCGUACCAAUGGAUGGCACUGGCUCAGCAGAACAAUUGGCAUGUCCUUCUUGAUGCUGGAGCAUUGGGUCCUAAAGAUAUGGACUCCCUUGGGUUAUCUCUGUUCCGUCCGGACUUUAUCAUCACUUCGUUUUAUCGUGUUUUUGGGUAUGACCCGACUGGAUUUGGUUGUCUCUUGAUCAAGAAAUCUGUGAUGAGUGGCUUACAGAGUCAAUCUGGGAAAACUAGUUCGGGUAUCGUGAAGAUCACACCCCACUAUCCUUUGUAUCUCAGCGGUUCCAUGGACGGGUUGGAAGAUUUGAUGGGGAUUGAAGAUCAGGAUGUUGCCAUAAAUGGCGAGAAGGCCUCGGGAAAUCGCCAAGGUUCUCAAAUGCCUGCGUUUUCUGGUGCAUUCACUUCAGCUCAAGUGCAGGAUGUUUACGAGACAGAAAUGAGUCAGGACGUUGGUUCUGAUAGAGAUGGUACCAGCACUAUAUUCGAGGAAGAAACUGAGAGUAUCUCUGUCGGGGAACUGAUUAAAAGUCCAGUUUUCAGCGAGGACGAGUCUUCUGACAACUCGUUCUGGAUUGAUCUGGGUCAGAGUCCGGCUGGUUCUGAUAAUGCUGGUCAGCUCAUCCAGAAACGGGCUUCUCAUAAACCGGCAUCGAAACGUAACAGUAAUGGCAAAGAUUCAAAUGCAGGGCAAAAUGGUGGCGACCAUGUCCUCUCGUUUGAUGCUGCUGUUUUAUCGGUUUCACAAGAAGUGGGCAAUGUCGAAGAAGAUAAAUCAGACAGAGCUAACCAAAGAGACAUAAGUGGAUUGCAGGUUCAUGAGAUUGAAGAAGGAGAAACCGACGAGCCAGUUCCUUCUCAUUCAGUGGAAAAUGGCUCAACCUCUGAAAUCAAAGAGAGUGCAAUAAGAAGAGAAACCGAGGGUGAAUUUAGGUUGUUAGGAGGAAGGGACAAGAGCAGAUACAAUGGUGGGAGGCUUCUUCUUGCUCAUGAAGAUGAACAUCCCAGCAAACGAAGAGUAUCUUUUACAUUAGAAGAUCAGGCCAGACAUAGUUUUGAACCUGGAGAACCGUCAGCCAUCAGUCUCGGUGACGAGGAUGAAGAUGAAUAUGGGAGCAAUCCAGAUUACGGCGAUGGACAAGAAUGGGACGAGAGCAGGGAACCCGAGGUAAUUUGCAGGCACCUCGAUCAUGUUAACAUGUUGGGCCUCAACAAAACCACCACAAGACUCCGAUUUCUCUUAAACUGGCUCGUGACCUCUCUGCUCCAGCUAAGGCUGCCUAGUUCAGAAUCAGAAAGAGGGCACCUAAAUCUUGUUCAGAUCUAUGGUCCAAAGAUAAAAUACGAGCGUGGGUCAUCGGUGGCGUUCAACGUGAGAGAUGUGAACGGUAAGAUGGUUCAUCCCGAGAUAGUGCAGAAACUAGCUGAAAGAGAAUGCAUUUCACUUGGCAUUGGUUACCUUAGUCACAUAAGGAUAUUGGAUAGCCGGAAAGAAGAUUCGAGCGUGUGGAAGCCGGUGGGAAACGGGUUUAUACGAGUGGAGGUAGUCACAGCUUCUCUCGGGUUCUUGACAAACUUUGAAGAUGUUUAUAAGCUGUGGGCUUUUGUGGCUAAGUUCCUAAACCCUGGGUUUGCAAAAGAGGGUACACUCCCAACCGUUGAAGAAGAAGAAGAAGAAGAAGAAGAAGAUUGAGGAACGCAUAAAAAUUGAGAUGGUCUUUUUUUUCCACAUCUGAUGUAUGUAAAUGUGCCAGCUUAUUUCCAGGAACACAGUGUUCGUGUAUGGUUCUGAGAGUAUACAAUAGCAGGGGAAGACGGCGGAAGUUCAUUCCCAUGCUAUUCUUGAAGCGUCUCGAAUGAAAGAACAAUCCAUUUCCAUCGAUUUUUUUUUUUUUUUUUUCGGAUUCCCUGGUCUUUACAGAAUCAUUGUAGAGUUGUGUAUAGAACACGUUUUUUUUCCACAUUCUCUGGGGAACAGAACUAUAGUUUGGAACUGGAUGAUGUGACUUACGUUA